CAAAUUCCCAAUUUCCCAGUUCCCUAGGCCUGUUCUUUGCUGCAGCCUUGACAUCAGCCAGUCUUGACAUCUGGCUACUGAUUCCUGCUUCCCCACAAGCUCCUAGUUUCGUGUAAUCUCAGCUAUAUUUGGCUGCAGGUUCGCCGCUGUUUUUUGCCGGUUUGCUUCAGUACCCUCGCCUUCAGGCUUCGCUGAGCUGCUGGUUGUACUGGCCGUCACUGGCACGGAUUAGCCUUUUCCUAUCAGCUCAGUCCCUACUGCGAGGCCGGUUACUUCAAUCGCAGAUAUAAGUAAUAUCAAGCCGUCGUGGAGGAAAAAAAUCCGUACCUUAAUCCCGACGGGUUAAGGCGUCAGCUUGCUGCGGUUCUCAGAAGCGAUAGUCGCACCCCUGCCGUUUGUCCUAUCCUUUGUUGCUCCUUUGAGUCUGACCUUGCAAGCAUGUAUCGGAUGGUGAGUCCGCCUCCGGGCUUCGCCCCAGUGUCCAAAUUAGUGACUCCUCCGUCGGCCGUGAUGACCCCAUCGGCGGCCACGACGACCGAGUCUAACGUAGCUGCUCAGGAAAAGGCGAUGAUGGUGUCUAGCCCUGAUGGAUCCGGAUUCGAAGGCAGCCCUAAUUCCACCAAGGAGCCAGACAAGGUCUCAGCAGCUACGAACGCUGACGUAACCUCCGCGCAUGGUUACCACGCUAGGCGAGCAGCAGCGAGGUCCGUAGCGCUACCCCACCCUCACCCUCACCCUCACCUCUCCGAAGACAUCAAGCCAAUCCAGCCACGUGGGCCCGACGGCACUCGCGGCUUUAAGUACGGCCGCGGGAAGCCGCUUCCCGGUCCUAACGGCGUGGUGGUAACUGGUAACACCAGCGCUCCCCCCUCCACCAUCGGCUCUCCCCCGCAGUAUGCCUCUGGGGCUGGCGGCGGAGCCGGAGGGUAUGCGGGCGCGGGGAGCGCGCUCAGGCGCGGGGGGGCGCGCGGAAUAGGCGCGGCGGGGGAGGCGGAGAAACUAGCGGGGGAGGUGGAGCGGCUGACUGGCGAGAAGGAUAAGGUGGAGUUGGAGUUAGCCGAGGCGAGGCUGGAGGUGCAGCGUCUUCAGCACGACCUCUUCGUCUCGCGCUUCGAAGCCGAAGGGCUGCGGCGCCGCCAGCAAGCCGCGAGCGGCGGCGACGGCGGCGGCGACGGUGGGGAAGGUGAGGCGAAGGGCAGCAAGGAAGGGGGAGGUGCAGACGAGGGGGAAGGGGAGGGUAAGGAUGUGGAAGGUACGGAGGGAGGUAAGGCUUUAAAGCACUCCUUGUCUGAGGCUAGGAUGGAAAUAGUGCGGCUCGAGCACGAGUUAUUCACUCUUAGAUUCGAGGCGGAGAAGCAGCGGGUGCUGGCGGAGGAAGCGGCGGAUGGAGAGGGCGGAAUCGUUGUUUCUGCAGGGGGCGCAGCGGGAGGCGCAGCAGUGGGGGCAGCCAAGAAGGUGGGCUCGGCGCGGGACUUGGGCGGGGGCGCGGACGCGUCCGCGGACAACCUUACGCAGCGGCUAGCGAAAGCGGAGGAGGCUUUGGAGGAAUCUCGCGCCGAGGCUUCGCGGCUGCAGCACGAGCUGUUCGAGGCCAAGUUCGAGGCGGAGAAGCUGAAGCGCACGCACGCGGACGGGCGCGCGGCUGUGGAUAAGGCGCUGGGGGGACGCGGGGGAGAGAAAAGAGGGGAAGGUGGGAAAGGAGGGGAAGGAGGGAAUGGAGAGGAGGUUGAGGGGAGUGUGGCUGAGUUGGAAGCGGUUGUGGCGCGGGAGGGGUGCCGGAUCUGCGUGCGCCUGCUGGCGGCGUUUUCCGGCGCGAGAAAGCGAGCGGAGGAGGCGGAGAGGAUUAUUGGGCAGGAGCGCGCCGAGCUGGAGGGGCUGCGGAACGGGCAGGAGGAGGCGAAAGCAGUGGCUGCCUCUGCGGCCGCCGCAAUCGCUGCUGCUUCUGCCGCGGGGCAGGAGGCGGCGCAGAGGGAGCGGCAGAACUGGGAGCGAGUGGAGGAGGCGGAGAGGAUGCAAGCUGCUAAUCAUGCCACGGCGGCGGCAGCGAUUGCUGCGGCGGUGGCUGAAGCGGGCGCGCUGCGGGCUCGUUGCGCGGAUCUAGAAGGGCAAGCGUCGGCUGCGUCGUCCGAAGCUGCGGCCGCUAAGGAGCACCUGAAGCAGGUUGCCAUGGCGAUCAGCGAACGGAGCCUGCACAGGGCUGCUGCUACAGCUGCGGCUGUAGCAGGGCAGGAGGAUAACCCCGCGCUACAGCCGUUUGGGGCAGCACAGGGAAUGCCGGGCAGCGGCUUGUGGGGGACAGGGGAUAUGGACCGGAGCAUAGGGCGGGAUGGAAGGAAGGAGUUUGGAAGAGAGAUGGGCGUAGGAGGGAGUAUGGGGGUGGGAGAUGGCGCGGGGAUGCAGGGCGCGCAGGGGCACCAGCUGUGGGACCCUUCGGCCCUGGAUCCUGCCAUCUCUGCCUUCUCUUCGGGGUCCCGCCCGCCGUCCUUUGCUGGGUCUCAUCCCCCUCCGCCCCCACAAGCCGUGGGUCAGUCUAUGGACCUUCACUCCCAGCAGCAGCAGCAGCAGUUUUCUAGCGGUUUAGGGUUAGGGUUUGGCGGCUUGCCGCCCCACAUGUCCCCGCCGCCCCACAGGCAGCACCCAGCCCCUCUCCCUCCUGCUGACGCCUCCAUGCUCGCAUUCCUGAGCGAAGGGCAGGGCGCCCCAGGGCAAGGAUUCGCGCCCCCACCCUCAGGAUUCGCGCCUGGGGGGAGGAUGCCUUCCCCUGCGCCCCCAGGCGCAAUGGGGGGAGGUGGGAUGGGCGGAAGUGGCAUGGGGUUUGCGCCUCCUGGUGCUGGCAUGGGCAUGGGGAUGGGCGCGGGUAUGGGUAUGGGUCACUUGGCGCCUCCGCUUCCUGUUGCCCUGACUGAAGAGGAAUUGCUGAUGCAGUUGAGCGGCGGAGGAGGGGGAGGUGGGCAGGGCCAGGGGAUGGUGCCCCAGCAGCAGUUCCAGCAGCAGCAGCAGCAGCAGCAGCAGCAGGUGCAGUUUCAGCUGCAGCAGCAGUUGGAGCCGCAGCAGCAGCAGCCACAACAGCAGCAGCAACAGACCUGGCAGCAGCAGGAGCUGCUACAGCACCAGCAGCAGCAACACCAUCACCAUCCCUCUCACCACCACCACCACCACCCCCACCACAACAACCAACAGCAGCACCACCACCAUCAGCACCAGCAGCACGACCAGCAUCAGCACCAGCAACGGUCGUCCCUCAUCCCUACUGCUGUACUCCUUGCAAGCAGCCCCGCUGAAAGCAACAGCCCCAGCCAUCAUGAUGGGUUCUAUGACCGCCACCUCACUGCACAUACCAUUGGCACACACGAAACACACGGACAUGCAUCUGCAGCCAUAUCCAAUAGAGGGGCCAGCAGCAGCAGCAGUAAUGGUAUGAUGAUGAUGAUGGGUGGUGGGGGGGAUGCCUUCGCUCCCCCUCCCCCACCGCUUAACUCAUGGGCGGCUGGUGGUGCGGGCAGUGGCCUCGGGGGUGCUGCCUGGGCGGAUGAGACGAUUAUGUAUCGGGGCCGCUCUUAAGGAGGAUGGGCUGGUGCAUGUGCUGGGCUGGUGCAUGUCCUGGGCUGCUUGGGACAAGUUAUGGCUGGGAAGAUGCUGCAGUUGCUGCUGCUGCUUGCGCAUGCUGCUUGCUCAUGCUGUUUGCAGUUGGUGCUGCUGCUAUCGUACCGGGUAUAAGCCCGCCAAAGCUGGUGCUGCUGCUGGCUGUUGUUGCGGCUGGGCUGCUGCGUUUGCUGACUCCGACUGGUCUGUUGAUGAGCUGACUAAUUGCAUUGCUGUUCUAUGCCACUUGACUCUUUGCCACUGACAUCGACAUGCUCGUUUAGUAUUUUCAAGCUACACAA